CGGAGCCGACAGCAGUGCAAUACACACGGGGCAAUCGAGACAAUCGUCGCCGGAGCAAUCGAGACAACCAUCGCCAGGGCUUCUUCAGUUGAAGGUUGGACCGGUGGAAGACAAUUCUCCGGCGAACUCACGACCGACACCGGAGCGACUGCUACCGGAGCAAGAACAAUCGUCGCCGGAGCUACUUCAGUUGGAGGAGGGAACGAUGGGGACGCUGGAGGCAGACGCGGAGCCGACAGCAGGGCAAGGCACCCUGGGGCAAUGGAAACAAUCGUUUCCACAGCUGGAGGUGACACCGGUGGAGGGAGACGCAGAGCCGACACCAGUGCAAUACACAUCAGAGCAAUCGAGACAACCGUCGCCGGAGCUGCCCAGGUUGGAGGUGGAGCCGGUAGAAGAUGAGCCGCGGCCAGAGCGAUACACAUCUGAGCAAUCGAGACAAUCUUCGCCGGAGUUUCCCCAGUUAGACGUGACACCGAUGAAAGAAGACGCGGAGCCGACAGCAGGGCAAUACACACAGGAGCAAUCGAGACAAUCGUCGCCGGAGAUUCCCCUGUUGGAGCUAAGGCCGGUGGGGAAAGAUUCGGAGUCGACAUCGGAGCGACUGGUACCGGAGCAAGAACAACCAUCACCGAAGCGCCUCCGAACGAGGGUGACACCGGUGAGAAAAAACACGGAGCCGACAGCAGAGAGAUGCACAUCUGAAAAAUCAAGACAAUUACCGCCAGAGCUUUCCCGGUUGGAGGUAGGACUAGUGGAAGAAGAAGAAGAGUCGCAGCCAGAGCAUCCCAAACCUGCAGAGAACCCAUUGCCGCAAUCUUCUAGUAGCAACGCCACAUCGAGGCGGUCCUACAAGUUCGAGAUCCCCGAUUUUCUAAUAGAAGGCAAGAAGCCGGACUGGCGACGCCAUCCGAUCCAGCUCGACACCACACGGUACGAUCUUGCGGACUACCGCACGCCUGUCGGGUCCCGCAAGAAGCUGCUUCCGCAAUCCAAAUUCUUCGAGCAUGUCAUGGGGAUACCCAAGCCGCAGUUAUACAUGAUCGAGGUGGCUCGAGCUAGAGGUGAUGCGGUCUACCGCUGGGAAUGCAGAUCGCGAAUCGUCGACGUAUUUUUCCACCUCAAUCUUGACGUCCUCAAGCCCGAAAAGCAUAUCCUACCACUGGACAAGGGCCUGACCGACGCGGAGACCUACGAGGAGAUUCCCGAGUCCAAGAUCUACAUCGCGCUCGACAACUCGAUGAAGCCCUUGGUCGUCCGCUUCCCGGCCGCCUUCGACCGGGUGUGGAGAUCCAAGGCGGACGACAUCCUCACGACCACGGCGCAGAACAUCGACAAGCUAAUCGCGUUCAAAGCGCCCACCAAGCCCAAAUGCCGGCGGCACUGCCACAACGACAAGUGGAUCGCCGAGAACCAAGGGUAUCCAUGGGCGACCGGUGCGACGGCGCGCAACGGCAUCGUCUAUCUAGGCCUGUGGAAAGAGCAGGGACACAACCAUCUGCCCGCAAUCCCCACCGCCGACUCUAGGGCAGAAGCCGCCCGCACUUCGUCGAUGCUAAAAGAUCUCCAGUUCUGGCUAGGGAACAUCACAGAUACCAUUGGCUGCUGCUUCGAAGGCGUCGAUCCCGUCAUGUUCCGCCGCUACAAGGAGCUCUUCAGGGGAUGUCAGACCGGCGCGGGAAAUCGGUACAGUGUCGCAACCGUCGCGGAGGAGUUCUUUACCCUGCGAGCGCUGCUGGUGAAUACCUUGACCGAACCCCAUGUCGAUAUCGAGGACCUGGACAGAGGAUACGCAUGGUUGACACCGUUCGGUAGCUACAGCGGUGGCGAGUUCUGUGUUGCUCUGUUGCGCCGGAAGUUCAGCUUCCAGCCGGGCGAUGUGAUUGGGCUCCGAGGGAAGGAGCUACAGCACUUCACUACGAAAUGGCAGGGUGACAAUCGAUACUGUCUGGUCUCCACCAUUCAUGGCAGGGUGGUGUAGCCAUCCUCGGUUGGUCUGGGUUUCUGCUCUUUGGGCUUCGUCUCGGUCCCUGGUUGCUUGGGUUGCUGGCUGGAGUUUUAGUCUUUCGCAGUUACGCGUGUUCAGUAAUAAACUUGUCCAGUAGUAUGGUUUGGUAGAGAUUUUCUAGUAUAUCAACGACCGGCAAUCUCAGUGGUAACUUUACCCGAUCACUACGAUGUGUCCUCGGCCCAGGUUCCUGGUUUGCUUUUGGGUUUCAGUUUGGGUUGUUCUGGACAGCAGUAGAUAGCAGUACAGUACAAGGC